CCACCAGCACACGAGAGAGAUGCAGCUGCAGCCCUGAGCGGGUGCUACCAAAACCAUCCGUGACCCACCUCCGCCGAGCCCAGCACCAGCCAUGAGUGGCUUCUUCUCACGCUUGGACCCGCGGCGGGUGCCGUGGGGGGCGGCGGGCCAUGCCCUGCGCACCCGCAUCCUGCGCACCAAACCCGUGGAGUCAAUGCUGGAGGGCACGGGCACCGCUGCUGCCCAGGGCGCCAGGCUGGCCAAGGUCCUCACCACCCUCGACCUCAUCUCCCUCGGCGUCGGGAGCUGCGUGGGAACUGGCAUGUACGUCGUGUCCGGCCUGGUAGCCAAGGAGAUGGCAGGGCCCGGUGUCAUCGUUUCCUUCAUCAUCGCUGCCGUCGCCUCCAUCUUAUCAGGCGUUUGCUAUGCUGAGUUUGGCGUGCGGGUCCCCAAGACCACAGGCUCUGCCUACACCUACAGCUACGUGACAGUGGGGGAGUUCGUAGCGUUCUUCAUCGGCUGGAACCUCAUCCUGGAGUACCUGAUCGGCACGGCCGCGGGCGCCAGCGCCCUCAGCAGCAUGUUCGACUCGCUGGCCAACCACACCAUCAGCCGCUGGAUGAUCAACAGCGUCGGGACGUUGAACGGACUAGGGAAAGGAGAGGAGUCAUACCCUGACCUUCUUGCUCUGGUUAUUGCUGUCAUCGUCACCAUCAUCGUGGCCAUGGGGGUGAAGAACUCAGUGGGGCUGAACAACGUGCUCAACGUCAUUAACCUGGCAGUCUGGAUCUUCAUCAUGAUUGCCGGUCUCUUCUAUGUCAAAGGUGACAACUGGUCUGAAGGGCAAUUCCUGCCGUUUGGAUGGCCAGGGGUGCUCAAAGGGGCUGCGACGUGUUUCUAUGCCUUCAUCGGAUUUGACAUCAUUGCUACCACGGGAGAAGAAGCAAAGAGUCCCAACACCUCCAUCCCCUACGCCAUCACAGCCUCGCUCGUCACGUGCUUGACAGCAUAUGUGUCCGUGAGCAUCAUUCUCACGCUGAUGGUGCCCUACGAUGCCAUCGACACCGAGUCCCCACUGAUGGAAAUGUUUGUGGCUCAUGGCUUCUAUGCAGCCAAGUUCAUCGUUGCCAUCGGGUCUGUAGCCGGCCUGACCGUCAGCUUGCUGGGCUCCCUCUUCCCAAUGCCAAGAGUCAUUUAUGCCAUGGCUGGUGACGGGCUGCUCUUCAGAUUUUUGUCCCACAUCAGUUCUUACACGGAAACUCCCGUAGUGGCUUGUAUCGUCUCCGGAUUCCUCGCAGCACUGCUCUCCUUGCUGGUCAGCCUGCGGGACCUGAUAGAAAUGAUGUCCAUCGGCACGCUGCUCGCCUACACCCUGGUCUCUGUCUGCGUCCUGCUCCUCCGAUACCAGCCUGAGAGUGACAUUGAUGGCUUCGUCAAAUUCCUCUCUGAAGAGCACACCAAGAAGAAGGAAGGCAUCCUGGCUGACUGCGAGAAGGAAGCUUGCUCCCCAGGGAGCGAGGGAGAAGAGUUCACUGGCCCACCGACCAACACAUGCGGGGCAAAAAAUCUGCCAUCGCUGGGGGAUAAUGAGAUGCUAAUUGGUAAAUCUGAUAAAUCCACCUACAAUGUGAAUCACCCCAACUACGGCACGGUCGACAUGACCUCAGGGAUAGAGGCAGAUGAGUCAGAGAACAUUUACCUCAUUAAGCUGAAGAAGUUGAUUGGCCCUCGAUACUACACAAUGAGGAUCCACCUCGGACUGCCAGGGAAAAUGGACCGCCCCACGGUAGCCACUGGCCACACAGUCACCACCUGCGUGAUCCUCCUCUUCGUCCUCAUGUUCAUCUUCUGCUCCUUCAUCAUUUUCGGGGCAGACUACAUCUACGAGCAGAGCUGGUGGGCUGUCCUCCUCGUUGUGCUGAUGAUCCUGCUCAUUGUCGUGCUGGUGUUUGUGAUCUUGCAGCAGCCAGAAAACCCCAAGAAGCUGCCCUACAUGGCACCUUGUCUCCCCUUUGUCCCUGCCUUUGCUAUGCUGGUGAACAUCUAUCUCAUGCUGAAGCUCUCCACAGUCACGUGGAUCCGAUUUGCCGUCUGGUGUUUUGUGGGUCUGCUCAUCUACUUUGGCUAUGGGAUGUGGAACAGCACGCUGGAGAUCAGUGCCCGGGAGGAGGCCCUCCACCAGAGCACCUACCAGCGCUACGAUGUGGACGUUGACCCCUUCUCCAUGGACGACAGCUUCUCCUAUGCCACUGAGGGUGAGGGCUACCCGGGCUGGGGUCCCUCCGAGGACAAGGGCUUCUCAUACCAGCAAAUGGCAGAAGCAAAGGAAAGCCAUCGGACGAGUAGCAGGUCGAAAAGCAAAGGCAGGCACAAACCGCCGUCGGAGGCUCUCAUCGCCAACGACGAGUUGGACUACUCACCCGAGUAGCAGGGUGGACAGCGGGGCGCCGCGCUGACCAGCCGAUGAGGAAGGGUCCCCGUGGCUCCCCCAUCCUGUCCCAUCCUCCCCGGGUCCUCCACCACCACCCCGCUCACCUCUGGUCCUCGGGACACGCUCUGCGAUUGCCGUUGACCCUGAACCAAACGCACUCGUGGCCCGUCCCAGCUCCACCGGUCGGGUCUCGCUCUGGUGAAGGCUGGCUGAUCCCCCGGAACCGGCUGAUCUCCUGGCACCAGCUGCACUGGUGGAGGCGGUGGAGUGGGAGAUGUGCCAAACUGGGAGGGCGUUGAGAGGUGGAAGGAGCCACAUGAGGGCAGACAAGACUACUUGUCCCUGGGGAACAUCCACCUGAUGGCCGCAGCAGUGGGAUGCCACUCUUACAUUUCUGGCACUUUCUUAGCACGUGUGUUUUUUUCUUUGAACCACCUAGAAGUAAUUGCUGAGCCAGAGGGACAGGCAAUGGAGAUGGACAAACUCCUUUCAAGAGAUUAGCUCAGAGGUGGAUCCAGGGAUGUUGGCCCCAUCACACAGAGUUUCCCUGGCCCUUUCUGGCACAAAGGCACCCGGCGCACACAGCUGUACUACCCCUGUGUCCAUGCCCACACCCCACGUCCAAGCAGCCCAAAUUCAAAAUUAUUCUGUGUCUCAAUCAAACAUUGAAGUCCCAGCAUGGCCAAACAUUCUAAAUCUGUAGUUGGGAACCUGGUCCCAUUUCUGGUCACAGCGAGGGCUGUGACCCACUCUUGGCUCAACCCACCUUGUACGAAUGGUCAGCAAGGCCCACACACCAUUUCUCUGAGCAUCCCUCGUCAGAGGCUGGGAGCUCUUUCCACCGCGUUUUGUCUCUUACAAAAAUGACUGCGCCAUAAUUCCUCCCUGUGGUGGGCACAUUUCAGUGCUCGCUCUGGCCUCAGUGCUUCAGGAAUGCAUCCGUGCCCCGGCAAAAUAGCAAUGUCCGUGGGUCAGCCGCAUCUUGGCAGGGCUGGGCAAGCGGAGAGGACUGAGCUGCUGAAAUACCCCUGCUGCCAUCUCCACCUUGUACCAUUUUCCCUGUUUCUGAUCCUGGCUUGGUGAUGCUGUAUGAAAAAACACUGAAAAGCUGCUCAUGCUGUAGGUGAACGUGUUUCACUUUGAAACCAAACAGAGCUGGUGGCUCGCGUGGCAGAGGUGGUCAGCAGGUGGAUGUUUCUCAUAGUUAAAUCCUCCAGUACAGCCCGAGCAUGGCCAUGACCCCCAGCAGUGCCAUCAGGUUCCCUGCCCCAGUGUCAGCGGUGAUGGGUUUGGUCGCAGCCUCCGUCUCCCCCAGCACAGACAGCAGCUGCACUGCUGAGUCAGCGAUUAGCAGCUCGUCCAGUUCUGGAGCCCAUCGCCAACGUGCUUAGUUUAAAACACUGCAGUGGAGGAACACCUUUUUUGAAAAAAUGAUAACCAAGGAGGCACCCCAUCAGACAGUGACACUCAUCCUCCUCCCGGCUACCGAAGGCUGCGGAUGGAUCCAACCCCAGGGCUCCCCUGGAGCUGCCCAGACCAAUCCCCAGUACCAGGGGCUGCUGCUGGCAUCCCAGGGUAUAAUUUAACAUUGACGGUGGCAUGAGUCAGGAUUUCCAAUAUGUGAUGCUGGGAACUAUUAACACUUUGGUUCACUGGAUGAGGCUCAGCGCCCUGAAACGCAGUGCAGAGCCUGCCUGGCACCCUCUGUGGGUGAGUGGGCUGCUGGGUGUAGAGGGUGCCUGGACCCAUCCCCAUCACUCCUGGGGCUCACGGGCUCGAUGGAGAGGCUCUUCCAUGGCUGCAAAAAUUUCUCUGCAGCUCCUGUCCCAAACAGUCACAAACUACAGUCCUUUUCCCAGUGGAGAAGAGCAUCCAGUUCUGCAUAUCUGAACCCAGAGUGCCCCAGGCAAGCCAAGGGAAGUUUGGCCUCUGCAAGAGCUUCAGGAUGGGAGCGAGGAUUUGGCAGAAGGAUCCGUAAGCUUUGCUCUGGCAUCUCCUCAUGCUGCCCACCCUUACCAUGCUUCUACAAACAAAAACCCCAAGUGUGUCCCAAGGAAAAGCUGUUUGCAAUGUGCACACCGUUCACAGGCCAGCUCGGGAAACCUUUCCAGCAGUGCUGAGCUCCUCUUGCAAAGGUCACCUCUCACUCACGCUUGGCUGUUCUCAUCCUUGAUGCCUUAGAAGUACCCAGGAGAGAUGGCACCUCGCAGGUCUGGCUUUACAUUUUCAGGGAGAAAGAUUGAUGCUAUUUUCCUACCAGCUCUUGUACUGUACCAUAUCCAAGGUAGUCAUCUUCGUCCUGCUUCCGCAUGGUAUUUAGGCAUCUGCCGAAUCACAAACUCAUGCCCAAGUACCCUGUUGAAUCAAAGCCUGUUAUUCUUUUUGCAGCCUUAAUCUCUUGCUACAGAGCAGUUACCAGUACCAGUGUCUGUUGUCAUGUCCGCUCUAGUUAUGCUGUAUAAUUUGACGAGGGCUUGAUCCCUUACUCUUUGGUGUCUUUAGGAACCUCUCCAUUGGAUCCAUGCACUGAGUGAAGCCCUUCGGCUGCUCUUGUUCAUGUUCACCCAUCCUCCUUCCCCUUCCCAGGGAAGCGCUGGGGCAGGAUGGUCACACCACGUCCCCAGGACUGCCGGGAGACGGCAUUUGAUGCCACAGCACCGUCUGGUGUGGAUGGGCUGCCGCCAGCCCUCACCGUGUCGGGGGGUAGGAGCUGUACCCUCCUCCCUAGCCCACCACAUCCCACCUAACAGAGGGCUGCAAAGAGAAGGCAGCCGAGCCACAGGCUGGGUCUUGCUUGGGUUUGCCAGCGGCCAAGCAGAUGUUGGUUGCCCAGGGAGGCCGGUUUGCAGCAGGGUCCCCCCACCCUGCUCUGGGAAGCAGUGCCCGGGGGACACACGGGUCCUGCCGCCGUUUGGGAGCUCACGUGCUUUCCCUUGUAGCAGGCAUUGGGGUCUUCAGCGGGCACAAGCAAAAGCUGCAAAGGCCCAAAUGUUCGGGUGUGUCCAUCGCCUCUGGGCACCGCUGGCCCCAGGAGCAGUCCCGGAUGCAAGUGCUUGUUUUCCUGAAACCCCCAAAAUCCAGCCUUUCCCCCUCAGGGAGGUUCUCACACCCCUGACCCAUCAGGAGGACACAGGCAGAGCGGUACCACCCUGGUCCCACCACUGCCCUCCACAGGGCACACACCCCAGGGGGCCCAGCGCAUGAUAUGGACGGAGCAUAAAUACCUCAAAUCUUCCAAAACGACUCUAUAAGAUCUCAGUCACCCCACAAAUCCACUCUUCAUGGUUGCGACCACUCAGUUACGAGGCCCAGCACACCGGCAUCCUCCACAUGGCAGAGAAAUCACGCCCCAAAAGACAUGGGAUGUUGUAAAUGAUCUUCACUUCGUUUUGUUCGGUCUUUCUGAUGUAUAUCUUGCUUUUUUGGCAGAUGGUACUUUCUGGUGUAACAAUUCUCUGCAGUUCUGGUAUGAAAUUGAUGUAUUUGUUAAAAAAAGUUUGUUCUACUGAUUUUUUUUUUUUUGUGGUUUCCAAAAGCCCAUUGGUGCAUUGUACAAUGGGAUCUUGUAGCGUGUCAUAAGAAAGAAAAAAAAUAUGCAGAUGUGUUAUGGGGUGAUUUUUAUUUUCAAAUGAUUGUGUUGUUGACAACUAUAUAUAUAAUAUAUAUAU